CACCCAGCUCAGCGCUGUGAGCCUGUAGCGAUCAGGCACAGAGCCCGAGGGUCCGCGAUGCCGGGCAACGACUCCUUCGCUAAUUGCUGCGAGGCUGGCGAGCUGGCUGUGCGUCCGGGCUGGUUGGGGGCGGGCGGCGCGAAACCCUCCGGGACCCCCAGGCCUCCCUGGGUGGCACCCGUGCUAGCCACCGUGCUCAUUGUCACCACUGCCGUGGACGUCGUGGGCAACCUCCUGGUCAUCCUCUCUGUGCUCACAAACCGCAAGCUCCGGAACACAGGUAAUUUGUUCUUGGUGAGUCUGGCAUUAGCUGACCUGGUGGUAGCCUUGUACCCCUACCCACUCAUCCUCGUGGCCAUCUUCCAUGAUGGCUGGGCCCUGGGUGAGGUGCACUGCAAGGCCAGUGCCUUUGUGAUGGGCCUGAGCGUCAUUGGCUCCGUCUUCAACAUCACCGCCAUUGCCAUUAACCGCUACUGCUUUAUCUGCCACAGCGUGGCCUACCACCGCAUCUACCGGCGCUGGCACACCCCUCUCUACCUUUGCCUUGUCUGGCUCCUCACCCUGGUAGCCUUGGUGCCCAAUUUCUUCGUGGGGUCCCUGGAGUAUGACCCACGUAUCUACUCCUGCACCUUCAUCCAGACGGCCAGUGCCCAGUACACGGCGGCAGUGGUGGUCAUCCACUUCCUCCUCCCCAUCGCCAUCGUGUCCUUCUGCUACCUGCGCAUCUGGGUACUGGUGCUCCGUGCCCGCAGGAAGGCCAAGUUGGAGAGCCAGCUGGGUCUCAGGCGCAGCCACAUGCGGAGCUUCCUGACCAUGUUUGUGGUUUUCGUGAUUUUUGCCAUCUGCUGGGCCCCACUGAACUGCAUCGGCCUCGCUGUGUCCAUCAACCCUGAAGAAAUGGCACCGCAGGUCCCAGAAGGGCUCUUUGUCACUAGCUACUUCCUGGCUUAUUUCAACAGCUGUCUUAAUGCCAUUGUCUACGGGCUUCUGAACCAGAACUUCCGUAGGGAGUACAAGAGGAUCCUCUCAGUCCUCUGGAACCCACAGGGCUGCUUUCAGGAUGCUUCCAAGGGCAGCCACGUCGAGGGGCCACAUGGCUCAGCUCUUCCUGUGGAUAAUGCCCAGCAAGUCAUCCAGGCAGACACUCUCUAG